GCGGCACGUGACGCUGCUGAAGCUAACGCGUGCAAAUUGCGUAGGAGGAAAUUAAGCGGGCUCGUAGCAGCAGCUGCCGCCGCCGCUGUCCCAACUUGCGUGCGCGGGGUGCUGCGUUUGCUCUUGUGGUGACGUCUUAGGGGCUUUUGGUGGCUUUUUCUUUUUUUUUAAAUCCCUUCUGCAGAGCGGCAAAACUCCUUCGUGUACUUAACAUGGCAUCAAGACUUCAUCAAAAAGUUGCUUUAAAAGAUGGAAAAACUCAAUGUAAGAAGAUGCAUGUAAUGCUGAACAGCCCUGUGGGAAGAAUUGAAAUAUCUGGAUGUGGAACAGGUGUACAUGAAAUACAAUUUAAGGAAAAUGCUCUGUCACAAAACAGCACUAAGGAGGCCUCAGUUACUUGUGAGGUAUGUGAAGGCCCAGAGGAAAUGACAGAACCACUGAAACAGUGCACAGCCUGGCUUCUGGCCUACUUCUGUGAGCCCUGGAUGACCGAGAAACUCCCUAUGCCUCCUUUUCACCAUCCAGUUUUUGAACAAGAUUCAUUCACCAGACAAGUGUUAUGGACCCUGUUGAGAGAUGUGAAAUUUGGAGAGGCAGUUUCUUACAAGCAAUUAGCAGACCUGGCAGGCAACAGCAAAGCAGCAAGAGCAGUGGGAGGAGCAAUGAGAAGCAAUCCUAACUAUUUUCAUCCUUGCUCACAGGAGAAAAAGCAGGAAUUUUCACACCACAACCUGCUGUUACCUCUACUUUGGAUGCUGCUGCUCCACUGCAGCCUGAGGGCAAAGCUGGGUACAUUUCUAGGCAAUAGCAAUUACAUAUCCUUUUGCACAAAACUACAUUGUUAUUCUUUGAGAACUGUUUCCUGUAGGUUUGCAUUGUAUUGCCUUGUCUUAAUGUACACCAUAUUGUAUUGGAAAGCAAUCUAUCAUAUUAAAAUAAGUUGUAUUGUCAAGUACAGCACAGCGUAUUGACAAAAAAUUGUAUCAGACUGUGUUUGUAGAUUGUUUCAUAUGAAAGUCUCAUAUACACUUACAAAAUUCUUAAUAUACUUUUUGUAUUGCAUUUGCAAACUUCACAAACACAGCAGACAUAAUAUAUUUGACUAUACAUUAGCUAACUGUUUAAAAAAAUUUUCAAUGAGGGAGUUUCAAUGAGGUUUUAAAUCUAACUAAACACAGUUCAUCCAUUUUGACAUAGUAUUAAAUAUUUUGGUGAAAUUGCAGGUUGAGUCCUUAUAAGCACUACUGCAUUACAACUGCUACAUGAAUAAUAUACAUGUCUUUGUUAUGAUGGAAAUGCCCCUUUUGAGUAAUCAUCACCCUUGUAUAAUGUGUCAAAAAUGCAUAAAUCAGUUGCUUUUACAGCAUUCGGAAGAGCUAAUUUUGUUAUUGUUUGUCUACCAAUGUGUCCUGUGUUUAAGGAUAUGCCUGAAAAGAAAGUGUGCAAUUUCAAAAGCCAUUGUGAGUAAACAGAUUUUUGUACAUAACAUAAUGGUUUAAAGUUUAGUGAGUACAGACUAUAAUCCUUAAUGUACCAGCUAUGCAAAAUACUUACCACGAUAUAUGACAUCAGCACUUGUUGGCACAUAUUAUUUGGUUAUUAACAGUUGACUGGUACUAGUAACAGUAUUCAGAAACAUGUAUUGUUUUGCAACCUGUCUGAUGAAUCUAUUCUUACACUAUUAAUCUCCAUAAAUGUGCCUGUCCAAAUAUGACCAAAGUCACUAAAAUUGUAAAACACGAUUUCCUGAGAGUUGUCAAUUGUAUUAUCACUAGAAACAAGUGUUUAAAAAACAAAACUAUAUGUAAAAACCUAUCAUGACUGAAAUCCAAAGUAAUAAUAAAAAAAUGUAUACCUUAUAUUUUCCACCACCCAGCAAAAUACUUCUCUCUUCUACAAAUCAUGUCUGGUUAGUUAACUUCUGUAGUAUACAUUGUACAAGUUUCCUUUCUAGUUAGGUUGCUUCACAUAAUUCAUACAAUGACCUUCAACUUUAUGAGAAGGUGGAAAAGGUGCCGGCAGCAGCUGAGAGAUGCAACAUCUUUGCUUCAAAUUAUGCCAAGGACAUGGCAGGGAUGGCUCACCUUUUGCAAGAAAAACUUCAAAUAG